CUUCCCUUCCUCGCCGAAGCGCAAGCCCCGGAGGCGCAGACGGGAGCCGGGCGAUGGGGUGCGCGGAUGCCGCCCAAUCUCCGCCAGCCUCCGCCGCUGCUUUCCUUCGGCCAGAGCCAGCCCCGGCCGUUGGAGAAGCUGGUGUGAGUUGCAGUGGACUGGCCAUUGGAUUUUGCAACUCCUCCCCCUCCCCCGGCCCACCUAAGGUUCUAGAAUACACACUGAAAGGAAUAGUGGAGUGAACUGGAUUGAACUCCAUGAAGUAUGAUUCUAAGGGAUAGCUGGUUUUGCGCUCAUUGGGCAUGGCAGCGGACAAGAAGAUUCUUGGUUGUACUUGCUCUCUUGCUGCUACACACCUCCAAUCUGGAAGGCAGAAAAUCACAUCAAUUUGCCUGGAAGACAGGUCAUUGGGGACGCUGCAUAGGUGACUGUGGUUCAGGUGGUGUCCAGAGCCGAGUGGUCUGGUGUGUUCAUUCAGAAGGCUGGACAACACAUCAUUCAAAUUGCGAACUGACUGACAGACCUGAAAGCCAGAGAAGCUGCUUUAAAAUAUGUGACUGGCAUCUUGAACUCUUUGAGUGGGAAGUUUCAGAAUGGCACAUUUGUGUUCUAGUUCCUUUUGCCCAUGGCGAAGUAAAGCCAAGGACUUCAGAAUGUGUAACUGCACAGCAUGGAUUACAGCACAGACGCGUACAGUGUAUACAAAAAAUGAAUAGAACAGUUGUUGCAAAUGACAUCUGUGAAUAUUUUAGUCCCCAGCCACCAAUGGAACAAGCUUGCUUAAUACCUUGUCCAAGGGAUUGUGUAGUAUCAGAAUUUUCUUCUUGGUCCGUAUGUAACAGACACUGUGGAAAGAGUUUACAGCACAGAACCCGUUCUGUUAUAGCUCCUCCACUCUACGGUGGAACCAAAUGUCCAAAUCUUACUGAAUCAAAGGUUUGCAGUGUUCCACUCUCUUGCUCUCAUGGGGAAGAGAAAUAUACCUAUAGUCUCAAAGUUGGACCAUGGAGUAAAUGUCAGCUGCCUCACCUUAAAGAAAUGAAUAUGAUUGGGAGAACUAUGUUGGAUUUCAGCUCAGAUUCUACAGAAAGAAGCAGUUUCAAACUUCAAGUGGUUGAGGAUCUGCACCAUUUUCACAAGUUCCGAUCACAUUACAAUUCCAAGCCUCUGGAUAUAGAAAUUGGGUAUCAAACAAGGCAGGUGAGGUGUACAAGAAGUGAUGGGAAAAAUGCUAUGCUGAGUCUGUGUGUACAGGAAACCAUGCCCUUGACCUUUCAAUCCUGUGUUAUGCCUAAAGACUGUGAGAUGUCAGAUUGGUCUUCAUGGAGCUCUUGCUCAAGGACUUGCCGCUCAGGGGACCUUUCACCUGGAUUCCGAAGCAGAACUCGGAGUAUAAAACACAUUGCAGUUGGAGGCGGCCGAGAAUGUCCCGAAACUGAAGAAAGGGAGGCAUGUAAUACUCAUGCUGGAGGAGAAUAUCUUCAUCCUUGCCCAAGGUACUCAUGGAAAACUUCUGAAUGGAGAGUGUGUGAUGUUACUCUCCUGUUAGAGCAGCAGGAUCCUCGGCAUGAUAAACAGGCAGCCCUUUGCGGAGGUGGGAUACAGAUUCGAGAAGUUUAUUGUGCCCAGACCACAUUGGAUGAAACACACAAGCUAAAGGAAGUGAUCAGACCUGUUGAAAAAAAGCAAUGCCUUGCGUUUGCUCCCCCGGCUUCUCAACUCUGUAGUAUUCCUUGUCCUCCGGAAUGUCUGGUUUCUUCCUGGUUGCCAUGGGGCCCUUGCAUUAAUGAAAACUGCCAAGAAAUUCAAGGGAGAAAAGGAUUCAAAACAAGGCACAGACACAUUGUGGAACCGAUGGGUACCUCUGACAACUGUCCGCACUUAAUAGAAUCUAUUCCAUGUGACAAUCCAGUGUGCUAUGACUGGAUUAUUUCUGAGGGAUUCUGUUUGCCGUAUAAUGGAAUAUGUGGGCCAGGAAGUCGCAUUGUGCAUGCUCAGUGCAAGAGCUAUAAGGGUGAAGAUGUAUCGGAAGAUUUGUGUGAAGCCUCUCCUUCAACUUCAGAAACAGUGACUUGUGAAGUGCCGUGUGCAAUGGACUGUGUUGUGGCUGAAUGGUCACAGUGGUCAUCUUGUUCUCACUCAUGCUCCAGUAAAAAUGCAGAAGGGAGACAAACCAGAACAAGAUCUAUACUAGCAUUGCCAGGAGAAGGUGGAAAGCCAUGUCCUCCAACACGCACAUUACAAGAGUACCGCCUAUGUAAUGAACACUCAUGCAACUUGGUGUACUGGGAAACAUCCUCGUGGAGCUCCUGUUCAGAAAAUAUAUUGAUAACAGCUUUGAAUGCUAGUGUUAACUGGAAUGGUGAGGCAACGUGUGGAGUGGGUAUGCAAACGAGGAAGGUCUUCUGUGUGAAGAAUAAUUCUGGCCAUAUCCCAGCAAAAAGGUGCCCAGAAUCCAUUCGACCAGAAGCCGUCCGCCCAUGUCUACUUCCAUGCAAAAAAGAUUGUGUAGUGACCCCUUUCAGUGAAUGGACACGCUGCCCGACUACCUGCCAACUGGGUAAUGAUGCUACAACAAAGCAGUCCCGCUAUAGGAUUAUAAUACAAGAAGCUGCUAACGGAGGGCAAGAAUGUCCAGACACCUUGUAUGAAGAAAGAGAAUGUGAAGACAUCCGUCUUUGUCCUGUGUACAGCUGGAAGGUCCACAAGUGGAGUCAAUGUGUGCUGGUGCCAGAUUCUGUACGACAAGGUGCCUUGGGUCUCAAUGAAGCAUGUGGUCAUGGUUUGCAGUCAAGAGUUGUGGCAUGUGUCUUGGAAAGUAACCAUUCAGUUGACAUGAGUGAAUGCUUGAAGUGGGCAGAGCCCAUGCCUCCCCUUGUCCAGGACUGCUUGGUGCCUUGCAAAGAUGACUGCACAUUCACCCCUUGGUCUAAAUUUACAGCAUGUACUUCAGAUUGUGAAUCAACACGAACCAGAAGACGAACCCUUACAGGAAGAAGCAGAAAGCGAGACAAGUGCCAGAAUACAGAAAUAUAUCCUCAACUUGAAACUGAACCAUGCCCCUGCACAGUAUUUACCACACGGUCCCAUGGAAAUUGGUCCGAAUGCAUAAUUGCUGUAGGAAAAAUGGAGUUAGAAUUAGAACGAAGAUUUCACGGACAUGUCAAAGAGUGUGGAGAAGGUGUACACUUCCAAGCCCUUGCCUGCUAUGAUAAGACUGGUCGACUGGUGGAACCGUCUCACUGCAACCAUUCAGGUUACAUUGAACAGCCUUGUAUGGUACCGUGUCCAUUUGAUUGCAAAUUAAGUGACUGGUCCAGUUGGGCACCUUGCAGUUCAUCUUGUGGAACAGGAGUGAAAAUUCGGUCCAGGUGGCUGAAGGAAAAACCUUACAAUGGAGGACGUCCUUGCCCCAAACUUGAUCCUAAGAAUCAGGUGUAUGAGGCAGUCCCAUGUUACAGCAAAUGCAAUCGGUAUUCCUGGAAAGUAGAACCAUGGUCUCCAUGUGAAACCAACAGUGAGCAGAACUCUCUUCUCUGUGGAGAUGGAAUACAAACUAGGAAAAUCAGAUGCGUAAACACCACUGAAGAGGGUGGUGAAGAAACUGUGGCCAAUAUGCUAUGCAAUCAAUCUGAAAUUCCUGUUGAAUCACAGAAAUGUAUAAUCUACUGUCCUGGCGAAUGUGUGAUGUCUGCCUGGAGCCACUGGAGCCAAUGUCCACAGCCAUGCAACCCCAACAUCAUGCAAACACGAACACGGCAUGUGUUGCGAUCUCCGUUAAAACCCAAGACUUGUCCUGAAAGCUCACAAAUGCGACCUUGUGUUCUGAACCAUAAUUGUUUUCAAUAUCACUACAAUUUAACAGACUGGAGCACGUGCCAAUUAAAUGAAAAUGCAACAUGUGGACAAGGGAUUAGGAAUCGUCUUCUGAGCUGUGUACGUAGUGAUGGGAAAGCAGUAAAUAAGAACUACUGUGAGCAGCUAAAUUUGGAAAAACCUACAAAAGUAAUUAUUGACUGCCACGUGGAGUGUAUAGUAAACUGCCAACUUUCGGAGUGGUCAGCUUGGUCAGAAUGUUCACAUACAUGUGGUUUUGCAGGCCAGAUGCUACGUACCAGAUCUGUAAUUAUGCCAGCCCAAGGAGAAGGAAGACCAUGUCCUGCUGAACUCACCCAAGACAAGAACUGUGUCAUAAAACCCUGCUACAGCUGGGUCCUUGGAGAGUGGUCCCCAUGCAAAGUUGAGGGUGGACAGUGUGGAGAUGGAAUCCAAGUACGGAACCUCACGUGUAUGGUACAUGAUGGCUCUUUAUCAGCAGCAUCUAAGCAAGUAGAAAGCGCAUUAUGUGGAGAGCUUCCUUCUAAAAACAGUGCCCUGCAUCUCCCAUGUUCUGUGCCUUGCCCAGGUGAUUGUCACUUGACAGAAUGGUCGGAAUGGAGCCCCUGUGAAUUGACAUGCAUAGAUGGCAGGAGUUUUGAGACAAAGGGUCGACAAUCUAGGUCAAGAACAUUUAUAAUUCAGUCUUUUGAAAACCAAGACAGCUGCCCUGAACAAGAGGUGGAGACUCGGCCUUGCUCUGGCGGAAAGUGUUAUAAUUAUGUCUGGAAAACUAGUCUUUGGCAAGAUAAUGAACGCACAGCAUGGUGCCAGCGAUCAGAUGGGGUGAAUGUCACAGGAGGCUGUUCCAUUCGGAUGCAGCCAGCCACAACCAGGCAUUGCAACCCAGCCUGUAGGAAGCCCUUCUCUUACUGCACACAGACUGGUGUCUGUGGCUGUGAGAGAGGCUAUACAGAGAUAAUGAGAUCAAACGGUUUCCUGGAUUACUGCAUGAAGAUACCUGGUCUAGAAGACAAGAAAGCUGAUGUUAAAACGAAUGCACCAAAACAUAAACCUGUCAACUCAAAAAUGCAUGACAUUUUCAAAGGAUGGUCAAUUCAACCUUUUAACCAAGAUGGAAGAUUGAAAAUUUGGGUCUAUGGAGUAUCAGCUGGUGGGUUUCUCAUUCUAGUUUCCCUGAUUUUCACCUCAUAUCUUGUUUGUAAAAAACCAAAACAACAACAACCUGUUCCUCCUCAACAGAAGUGUUUGACUUUAGCCUACGACGGAGAUGUUGACAUGUAACCAAGAAAGAAAUCCAAAUGUAGACAUCAACUGCCUUAAUUGCUUCUCUCCCCUGCUUAAAAAAAAAUCUCAGUUAAAGUAUUAUAUCAAACUUUCUUUUUGGAAGAAACGGAUACAAGUGGGCAGAGUACAACUAACAAACUUCAUUUUGCCUCUUAGUUUAUCUAAAAGCUGAUGUUAAAGAACCUUCUAUAUCGUUGAGAACCCUUUCCCAGACAGAACCUCAGAAAUACAUUUCUUCCUGUUGAUAAAUGGGAAUAAGAAGAAACAAAUACUUCUACAGUCUUCUACUGAUUUUUACCUUUAAAAGCAUGACAAUCCUGUGGGAAAAAUGGUGACAUUUUCUUUGAAGGACAGAUUGGACACUGCAUCUUUACGCACUAUAUUAGUGCAGUCUUCUUUAUUCUUCACCACUUUCAACAAUAAGUUUUCUAGUGUUUACCUUUGAGUUGUAUUUGGAACUAUUAAAGCUGGCUCGUAUGUUUUCCAAAAAUAUCUGGAUUUGCCUUGGUUUUCAAAGUUACCAUUCUUCAUAGAUGGGAACGUGAUUUUAAUUCCGUCAGAGCUGGGUAACAAACAUUAUUACGUUUUUGUGGUAUAAUAAGAUCCAGAUGGCUUUCUAACUGUGCAGGGUUAUUUUUGUUUUGUUUUUUAAAGAACAAGGUGGACAAAAAUUUUGAUGACUAAGGAAAUGAUGAGUGCUCAAAGAUAUAUUUUAAAUUACUAUUAAGCCAUUUAGAUACAUUUUUAACCAUUGAAAACUGUAAUUAUGUUUCUUUACUAUGAAUUCUGCUUUUGUAAUUUAAAUUUUCUUAUCUGGAAUAUUUGUAAAUUCUUUUUUUAAAGUUAUUCUCUGACCUUAUUUAUUAUACAUCCAACAUACACAUACGAACUGUUUGUAGAAGGUCUUGCUUUUUAAAAAAGUUUCCAAGUCUACAUUCUGAACAUCUUGAAGAAGAUUAGUGUUUGUAAUAGUAUGUGUUGCAAGUAAGAAAGUGCCAUCUUGUGGUAUUGACAUGUAUUUAUACACAAAUAAAAAGCUAAAGAAUGUGGGAAUGUU